CUGGUGGUCAACGAAGAGGACAUCGCCGAGCUGGUGUCCCGGUGGACCGGUAUCCCGGUGGGCCAACUGCUGGAAGGCGAAGCCCAACGCCUGCUGCAGAUGGAAGAAUAUCUGCAUCGCCGGGUCAUCGGGCAGGAUGCCGCCAUCACCGCGGUCGCCGAUACCAUCCGCCGCGCCCGCUCGGGGCUGAACGACCCCAAACGUCCCUUCGGCAGCUUCAUCUUCCUGGGGCCCACCGGCGUCGGCAAAACCGAAUUGACCAAGGCCCUCGCCGAAUUCCUGUUCAACGAUGAAGAGAGCAUGGUUCGACUCGAUAUGUCGGAAUACGGCGAACGCCAUACCGUUUCACGGCUCAUCGGCGCGCCUCCAGGCUACGUCGGCUACGACGAUGCCGGCCAGCUGACCGAGGUGGUGCGCCGCCGGCCUCACCAGAUCAUCCUCUUCGACGAAAUCGAAAAGGCCCACCCCGACGUUUUCAACCUGCUUCUCCAGAUCCUGGAAGACGGCCGCCUCACCGACGGGCACGGCCGUACCGUCGAUUUCCGCAACACCGUGGUGAUCAUGACCAGCAACCUGGGCACGGGCGACCUGUCGCAACAACCCUUCGGUUUCAAGGCCGGGCCGGAUAUCGAACCGGAAUCGGGCACGGUAUCUCCCGAGCUGUCCCGCACCGUGAACGAGGCGUUGCGCCGCGCCUUCCGCCCCGAGCUGCUGAACCGUAUCGACGAGACCAUUGUGUUUCACCCGCUCAGCCGCGCCCAAAUCGGUCAAAUUGUGGGCCUGAUGCUGGGCGAGGUGCAGGAACGGCUCGCCGAGCGCAACAUCACCUGCGAACUCACCGAGGCCGGCUGCGAAUGGCUGGUCAAGGAAGGUUUUGAUGUCAGCUACGGCGCCCGCCCGCUCCGCCGCGCUAUCCAGCGCCACGUGGAAAAUCAGCUAUCCCGGGGCGUGCUUUCCGGCGACUUCAACGAUGGCGACCACGUCCUUAUCGACGUAAACUCCGCCGGCAACGGACUCGACCUGUCGUGA